AUGUCGGCGAAAGCGAAAAUGUUUUAUGCAAAGCUCAAAGGAGAUCAGAUGUUUAAGCAUAGUCCACAGCAACAAGCUAGAAAUUGUCAAAAAGAAUGUAGCUUUGAUAUGAGAAAUGUUGAGUUGAAACCAUAUGUACCACAUAAAUUAUGUAAAUUUGUUCUAAAAUAUUACAAACAAAUCAGGGAUAUUUAUAAAUGA